AUGAUUAAACAACAACAACUUAAGGCACAGACCAUUACAUACGCCACAUAUGCAUAUAAUUCAAAGACGGCAGAACAAACGCAAAGGUUGAAAUAUGGAGAUUUGGAGAUAGUAUUGAAAAAUGACCAUUUUGAAUUCGUUUGCAAAGGUGGUGCAGUGAUAUCAAAUAUAAAAGAAAUUUUAUUUAUGAAUUCAAAAAUUAAAGGUAUAACGGAUGAUAUAACAUCAAUUCCACCAGAAGAACAAAGAUAUUACGCAUUAAAUGCAUUUCCUAAAGUUUUGAAGAUUGGAAGAUUUAAUUUAAAUGAGGAAUUCAUAAAAGGUUUCCUAAAUGACAUAAUGAAGAAGGCAGAUAAGGAAUAUGUUAACGAUGAGUUAGAGAAGAAGGCAGAUAAGGAAUGUGUGGCUAGUGAAUUAAAUAAGAAGGCAGAUAAGGAAUAUGUGGAUGAAAAAGAUAAUGAAAUUAUAGAAAGGGUUGAAUGGUAUCAUGAACGGACAUCAAAGAUUUUAAAAACUAAAGCUGAUACAGGAUGGGUUUCAGGAUGUUUAGACCUUAAAGCAGAUAAAACAUAUGUUAACGAUGAGUUAGGGAAGAAGGCAGAUAAAACAUAUGUUAACGAAAUAUACCAAAGUUUGAUAGGAACAAAAAAUAUUGAAACUAUUGUUGGCGAUGUUUCUAUCUAUGAAGAAAACAAAUAUUUUAGAUGGGAGUUUGUACACUCCUUAAGAAAUGGUAUACGGUAUAAACUCAUUCCGAAAAAUAACAAUGAAAUGUAUGUAGGCUAUAUAAAGAAUAAUGGUACACAAGUUAAAGUUCCAUUAGACAACAACUGCUACUUAAACUUAUAUGGAGACGAACAAAAGAAAUAUUUAAGAGUUUAUGAAAUGGCAGAUAUGACAUUGCCUGACCCAGCUCCAGCACCAUAUUAUUAUGACUAUGGAGAUGAUGUCAGAACACCACAUGUAGAUGAACAAAAACUAACAUUAUAUUUAGAAGUGCAUGGGAACAAAUAG